AGCUUUUAUUGGCACAGCACAAAGCAAGUGCCAAGGGCUCGGCGGCUCGACUCGGCCUGUGGAUAAAAGCGAGCAAAAUGCCCCAGCAGAGCUCAGAGACAUAGUCAUGUUGGGCUGGAACGAGGAAGUGCAGUGGAGAGGGGAGGGACUCCGGGCGCAGCUCCAUGGGGCCGCCGCGGCGCUGCGACCUUCUGCACAUGGAGCCGGGGAGAGUUGGAAGAACUUCAUACUGCAAACUCAAGGAAUAGCAGAGUACUUGCACCGCAUGGAGACAGAGGAGGCCCAGGAAAUGGCCCAGAUGCCAGGCCGGGACAGCCCCCCCACCAACGACACGUCCGAGGAGGCGGAGGAGCCCAUGGCCGUCCCCGAGGACCUGUCAGCCGGCUCCACCCACCAGCAGAACAACAGAGGGGACAAAGCCUGUAACAUUAAAGUUGAGGCUCGCAGUGAUGAGGAGAAUGGGCUGGCCUGUGACAUGAAUGGCGUGGAGGAGGAGGAGGAGUGCGCGGAAGACUUGCGCGUGAUCGAUGCCUCGGGGGCCAAGGUGAACGGCUCACAGCCGAGCCACGAAGCCAAGGCCUUCUCCUCGGCCGGCGGUAUCCGGCUGCCCAACGGGAAGCUCAAGUGCGAUAUCUGCGGGAUAGUUUGCAUUGGCCCCAAUGUGUUGAUGGUGCACAAGCGAAGCCACACUGGAGAGCGUCCGUUCCAGUGCAGCCAGUGCGGUGCCUCUUUCACACAGAAGGGCAACCUGCUGCGUCACAUCAAGCUCCAUUCAGGGGAGAAACCCUUCAAGUGUCACCUGUGCAGCUACGCCUGUCGCAGGAGGGACGCCCUCACAGGCCAUUUACGCACCCACUCGGUUGGAAAACCCCACAAGUGUGCUUACUGUGGGCGGAGUUACAAGCAGCGCAGCUCUCUCGAGGAGCACAAGGAGCGGUGUCACAACUACCUACAGUGCAUGGGGCUGCAGAACAGCAUCUACACAGUAGUAAAGGAAGAAAGCAACCAGAAUGAGCAGAGGGAAGACUUAAGCCAGACGGGAUCUGACAGAGCCUUGGUGCUAGACAGACUAGCUAAUAACGUAGCUAAGCGUAAGAGCACUAUGCCACAGAAGUUUGUGGGUGACAAACGUCUGUCAGACCUCUCCUACGACGGAGGAGCAGGCGAGCUGAUUCAGCCCCACGUCAUCGACCAGGCCAUCAACAGCGCCAUCAGCUACCUGGGGGCUGAGUCGCUCCGGCCCUUGGUCCAGACCUCCCCGGCCUCCUCAUCUGAUGUGGGCAUCGGCUCGAUGUACCCACUGCAUAAGCAGGCGGCGCCCGAGGGCCACACGGGGACGGGCCUCAGCCGGUCGGCCAAAGACAGCGCGGCCGAGAACUUGCUGCUCCUCUCCAACUCCAAGUCUGCCUCCAGCGAGAAGGACGGCUCGCCAAGCCACAGCGGCCAGGACUCCACGGACACCGAGAGCAACAACGAGGAUCGUCCCGGCGGGGCGUCGUCCGGCCUCAUCUACCUGACCAACCACAUCACCUCGGGGGUGAGGAACGGCAUGCUCCCUCUGGUGAAGGAGGAGCAGCAGAGGCAGUACGAGGCCAUCCGGGCCAGCAUGGAGAUGGCGUCCGAGGGCUUCAAGGUGGUGACGGCAGAAGGGGAGCAGGUGAGGGCGUACCGGUGUGAACACUGCCGCGUUCUCUUCCUGGACCACGUCAUGUACACCAUUCACAUGGGCUGCCAUGGCUUCAGAGAUCCCUUCGAGUGCAACCUCUGUGGUCACCGGAGUCAAGACCGAUACGAGUUCUCCUCCCACAUAACGCGGGGGAGCACCGCUACUGAGCCCCGUCCGCCAGAGAACACACACACCUCCACACAGACAAACAGGUGUAUGUGUGGCAAACAUGCACACACACACACACACACACACACACACACACACACACACACACACACACACACACACACACACACACACACACACACACACACACACACACACACACACACACACACACUCAUGCAGAUAUGCAGCUGAAAUAAAUGCAUAAGAAAUACAAGAUGUAAAAUACACUGUUGAUGUCUGAAAGUUGUGUUUUUUUUAUACAAAGUAUGCAUGUUUGUUGAACACAGAGUCAUGUACGACUAUAAAUCAAGACUUUGAUUUUCCCCUUUCAAAUGUCAUGUUCUAAAGGAAGAGUAGUUCACCUGUCUUUAUUUUUUGUAAAGAAACAAAAUGCUGUUCAGUGAAGAUAACACAGCAGAGUUACUGAGCCACAAUCCUACAUAUGUUUUUAAAUGAUGUAUUUACAGUUUGCCACAUGUAUAAAAUGUGUCUUUUCUUGUGGAAAACCAUUAAGCAACUUUUUUUUAGAUGUAGUAUAAAAAAGAUUUCCCAUCCUCACAUUUACAAAUCUUUUGACUGAAGUGUCCAAAAUGUUCUGCAGUUGUUUUCAGUGCAGUAAAAUCCAUUUUAGAAAAAUGAAAUACAAUCAAUAAAAACAAUCAGUGUAGAUAACCCCAAACGUUACCUUUCAAAGUUUCAACCUGUUCUUGUAUUUGUAACAACCUACAUAUUAUUUAUAUCACAUUUACACGCCUGUCUGUUUUUGUAUUUAUUACAGUGAUCAAUGUUUGUUUGUAGAGUAGUUAAUAAAAGCUGCAUCUCUUUCUGUCCAACUGUACUAAAAGUGUUUGAGGUGAAAAACAGGACCGCUGCUGGAUUUUAUUUUGAAUUUUAUCAGAAGAAAAUGUUAUCCUGGCCUUUUGUUUUGCACCCGAUGGCUAAAAACGAGCCACCUGGGGUUUGAAGGAGCUUUAUGCUUGCAAAAUAUCAAUAAAGGAUAUUUUAUAUAUGCACAAAAGGCGGGGAAGUGUUUUUGUGUUACUGUGGAUGAGUGUAGUAAUGAGGAGGAAGUUGUUUAAUGACUAGAGGUCCACUGCUACUUGGGAUCAUCUCUAUAUAUUCAUAUGGACGUUUUUAUUUAUUUUCAUUAUUAUUAACCACCUGUCAAAAUGUCCACGUUAAACUGAAAAUCACUCCUGGAGUUAAUGAAAAGUUUUUACCUUUUCUUAAGAAAUAUGGAGAUUUCAUUUCUCGCUUUCGAACCUUCUGAAAUAAUUAAGUUUAGAUGUCAUUCAAGAUGCUGCUCUCUCCUGCCUGUCAAGGAAGAGCCAAGAAAGAGUGAAUGACUGGCAUUUGAGUACAAAACACACCAACACA